CGGCAACUGAGAAGACAAGUUGAUUAAGAUAUGUAACUAACAAGCAGAUCUUGUGUUUGUUUUUCAAAAAGUAGGAAUAAAUAUAUCACGUAGAAUUUGCACUUUGGAUGGACAUGGAGGGACCAUCUGCUGACUCGACCGCAUCUCUGCGCGUUGCUGGAAGGAGAGACUCUGGUGGGGAUAUAGAGGCUGAUCCGAGCCGUGACACGAAACACUUUCGCGUUUGUCGCUUCAUCAUGGAGACAGGAGUGAAACUCUGCAUGCGCUCGGUGCCCGUGGCUACAGCAUGUGUGCUCUAUCAUCGUUUCUUUGAGAGGGUCAGCAUCCAUGCCUAUGAACCCUACCUAGUGGCCAUGAGCUGUGUGUACCUGGCUGGUAAAGUGGAGGAGCAGCACAUCAGGACCCGUGAUAUCAUCAAUGUAAGCCACAGGUAUUUCAACAGUGGCAGUACUCCUUUAGAAUGUGACAAGGAGUUCUGGGACCUGAGGGACAGCGUGGUGCAGUGUGAGCUCCUCAUCCUCCGACAGCUCAACUUCCAAGUCUCCUUCGAACACCCUCACAAGUAUCUGCUCCACUACCUGCUGUCUGUCAAGUCACUUGUGAACCGCCAUGCUUGGUCUCGAACUCCUGUGGCUGAAACUUCCUGGGCGCUGCUUAGAGACUGUUACCAUGGAGCCAUGGUCAUCCGCCACAGACCCCAACACAUCGCCAUAGCAAUGCUGUACCUGGCUCUAAACAGCUAUGGAGUGGAACUGCCUGCUGGGGAGAGAGAGUGGUGGCAGGUGCUGUGUGACGACGUGAUGAAAGCAGAUAUCGACGCUGUGAUCGCAGACCUUCUUCAGCUCUACGAUAUGGAGGCCAAGUGUAUCUGAACAACACACCUACAAGACCAUCACGUCUCUGUUUUGCCACUUGACUGUGCAGUACAAAGCUGAAUGUGUGUUAUGGUGCACAUUGUAGUGUAAAACUGUACUUAUAUAGUGCUCUGCUACAACUGGGCACUCAAAGCGCUUGUGUUCAGGUAUGUCUAAGGUAGAAGAGCACUUUGUGUGUUUGCCCCAGUUAUUCCGUGAGUUGACAAAAACAUGCCUGCACUACUGAUUUCUUCCAGUGUGGGGAGACAUUUCUUUCAUUUCUGAUCUGUUAUUUGUUGGCCUUGCACUGCAUAAUACAUCCUGAGCGCUUCAAAAACAUGCCGACUCUCAGUACCACUGAUCUCUUCAUAUUCCACACAUCACACAUUUUUACUACAAAUGCUAAAUGGUGACUACUCUUAGAUCUUUCUGGACUAGGGUAGUACUGCACAGUUUUUUUUUGUUUGUUUGUUUUUUCUUUGAGAUUAUAGGCUUGAUUAGUACCUUGCAGAAUAAACCUGCAUAUUUUCAAGGACAAUGGAUGCUACAUACUGGAUACCAUAAAUAUCUCGUAUUUUUACGAUGCAUAGUAUUCACAUGCAAAUACAUUGGUUGGAUGAAGUAUUAUAGAGGAAUAUCUGGCAGCAGUGUAAUUUCCAUUAAUCCAUUCAUUUUAUUAACUACUUGUUCAGUUCAGGGUCACAGGAGGCCUGGAGCCUAUCCCAGCCGCUUUAGGGCGAGAGGCAUCGUAUGCUAAACAACUUGCAAGUCUGUUUCAGGGCUAGCAAAUCUUUACAUAUUCAUGCAUUUUCUCCAUGUAUAAUAAUGUUACAUAUUAUGAUUAGAAACUGUUUGUAAUUUAAAGGGGGCUCAUUCUGAUAAUAAUACAAAUAUUUGGGACUCAUUUUCCCUAUAUUCUAUCAGAAAUACAUUGUGUUACAGUGGCUUUCCACCAGGAAAGAUGUUAAACCAGCAAGUGGAGUCGGGUAUAGUGCUAUAGAGCAACUAAAAUGCUUAUUGCAAAACGCACAGACAUGAGCAAGCUGAGUAAGUGCAGCUCUGUAGACGGGGAGACGAGGGAGUAUAUUUCUCACUUCCAGCAUGGCGAGAAAGUAACAUGUCUAUAUACCAGGGGAGAGCUGACCUCAUUCACUUACAGUAUGAUUAUAAGACUGAGCCUACCUUAAGUUCAUGGAUGUCAAAUGAAUAGAUAAAACAGUGUUAAGAGAUUUUUAAAUGGUUCUUUAUUCCUAAGUUUUACGUAUAUUUUUUCAAGCUCAUUUAUAGGAAAUACUUUGAAUGGAAAAGAUAUUGUUGAACUUUUAAAGUUUAAUCAUUUAAAGUUAACAUUGUGUCGCCCAAAAAUGAAAAUAUGGUGUUGGAAAUGAAAAUAAGAAGAUCUUUUUAAGGAAACUAUAAAAAGGAACUAAAUUUGUAACCAAUUUGUUUGGGACAGAGUGAGAGACAAUAAAGGGAAAUACUGAGAAACAGACCAAGAAAAUGCAGGUUUUGGUCUUUUUGUGUUGUUUUUUGACAAAAUAAACAAAAUGAAGAUAAUGAUGUUACAGUGAUGUCCAUAACAGGCAUAUUAUUCCCUUCUUAGUGCUUUUUAUGGUUACAUAGCAUGUUUCAUUUAGUAAGAUUCACAUUAGUCACAACAAUGGAGCUGCUAUUUUCCUUGGACCGUCACUACAUUUCGCAGAGUCUGAUGCGUUUUGUGACAAAACAACAUAACAUACAAAAUAACAUUUCAGCAUAAUCUAAUAUGGCAUACAUUGGGAAUAAUUAGAUUUAUUUGAUUAACUUCUACAAUGAUGAGAAACCUGGCAGAAGGAUAUUUUUUUAAAUCCAGUUCCAAUUUUUGCUCUCUGUAAAUCCCUACUGGAUUUUAGUGAUGUCUUGAUUCUUUAGAAGGUUUGAUCAUGAAGCAGGGAUUAAAUUUCAUUCUGUUUGGUAUAAAAAGGCCUCAACAAAUCUUAAAUGUAAUUUCUUACAUUUCAAAAAUGCUUGAUUCACUGCAUUGUGUCACCUAAUGUGACUUGAACAGGUGUUCAGUUGUUGUUAUGGCAACAAAUACCAGUAAACAAAGUUAAUAAUAAAUAAAAGAAAAUAUGUCAACACUGUUUGUGAAGUC